UAACUGAAGGGCCUCAACAUCCAACAGACCAAGCUACAGUGUCUGGAAACCUGUUCCUACAGUAUUUUCUCUGCUUGGUUUGGCAGGUUAUGGCAACUUAACCCAGCCAGUAGCUUUGGAUAAAUGUGAUGUGGGCCCCAACCAUCCCAGGUUUCACCCACUGGAAUCCCCAAAUACUGUCAGAUUUGACAAACAGGCUUCAUUGUUGUAUCAGAAGAAUCUUGAGAGAGUGAAAUACUUUUGAAAGAGUUUUCUAUGUAGAUCCCUGUGCUGGGGAUAUAUAUAUAGGGUGUAACAGUACACAAAAUCCAUGGUUUGGUAUGUACAUUGGUUUUAGGGUUGGGAUCGGUACGUUUUCGAUACAGCAGAGAAAACAAAAUUGUCUUAUUUUGAAAAAUGUUCAUUUUGUUUGCUCAUUGACCAUAAUUCUUACUGUAACAGUUGAGGCACUACUUGUCCUUAUCCUAUCCACAAAUUGUUGUCCACUUUUGCUGUAACCAACCGAGAAACGGCAGUGCUCCCAUACGGUGGAUCUAAAUGUUAUAGAAGAUCCUUCAGCUCUGGUCUCUCAUUUGUGUUUGCCAUUUGGAUGGCAGCAACACUACAUGAGCUUGACUUACUUGGCUUACUAACUUUGUUAACUGGGCUAAGCUGACUAGCAUGCUUCAGCUGAUAGGUGCACUGCCAAAACUGUCUGGGUAAAACGCUUCCUCUUAAAUUUCUGUGUUUUUGUGUAUGAGUAGUAGACAUAGACUGUUUUGAAAGGGCGUACUGAACCAAGGCAGUUGCAUACCAAACCCAAUGAAUAGAGGUACAGUCACACCCCUAAUAUACAUGAUACUCAGGAAGACUUUAAGAAAUCCUCUUAAACAUUUUUUAAAAAUCUUUUCAAAUCUUUAUUUUUGGCACAAACCUGUUGUCCAGCAACACUAAAUAACACAAAAUGUGAGGCGAUUUGCACUUGGACAGCUGCUCGACUGUCCCUUUCUGACAUUUUGUCUUUUAUAAUUGCAGCAUGCCAUAAAAAAACUGAUCCACAACAUAUUUACUCUGGACUCUUGGACUAUAAGUACGAAUUUGUACUUUUUAAAACCUCUGUCAAGUUAAAGGGUUUUUUUUUUGUCUUGGACUGCAUUUCUACCUGAUACUAACAUGCAAUCUACAUCUGGAUAAGAAAACAAGACUCUGCAGAUCCAUGUGAUUCCCAGAUUAUUUAUGAUCCAAUGCAUACUAUAUGUGCUGACAAAGUGUGAAAAUUUCUUUGUAUUAAGCAGACACCCAGUUUAGUGUAAACAGGUCUGCAACUCUACGUCCAUUAUGUUAGAUUUAGGGUACAUCUGGACCAUUUACAGAAAGAGACAUAAGCCUAGUUAGCAAAGCUACUGAAAAGUAGCAUACAGAUUCCUUCAGCUGUCUCAGUCGGUAAUGUGGCCCUCACAUUGCACACCAUAGCAGUCCUUUUGAGGAAUUACCACUUUGCUUUCAAGUCUGCCUAUUUAAUUAGCAUAUUAUCAGACCACAUCAACACACCAGACUUGACGUGUGAAAGUCCUGUGAUCAGAUGUCAGUAUCCAGGUAAUGUAUCUGGAUACAUGUUACCUGUUAAUAACCAGGUGGAAAUGGGGUCUUAAACUCUAGAAUUGCCUUUUUUAAUUAAUGAAUAUAUAUUGAGCCAAGUUGAUGCUUCCCAUCCUUCAGGUUCUUGUGUAUUCUGCAAAGAUCAAGCUUCAUAUUGUUUGUUGGUUGAUGUAUGCCAUCCCUCUGCUCAACAACAGCGUUGAUCACCAUCUUUUCCAUUUUCCUCAUUUUCCUUUAAACGUAAUACAAAUGUCUUGCACACAACAGUAGUUGUCGGCCAUGAAGCCUAAAACUUGUGAUUAAACCCAAUAUUAGGCAUUGUGGCUAUGCACAGGUUUUGUUGCCAUUCCAGUUUGUGAGAGGAGUGCACUGCAGUAGAAAGGUGUGAUCAGAGUGCUGACACAAGUAAUGCAGAGGAGAGGCAUGUUUGAUUCAUUAUGCUUGAACCAACUUAUCACUGCUACAAGCUUAGACAGCUGAAACUAACUGCAGGUGUAUUGUCUUUUGAAUGUGACCAGGGUGUGUGUUUCUGUGUCAACGGGUUUAGCUGUUAUGAAUGCAUGGAUGACAGAUGACUUAGAAACAGGCUCUUCCUGCUCUGGGGUGGAGUGACUCCAGCUUUGGCUUUUCAGAAGAAUAAAUCUGCAUGAUACUUUUGAAGCACAAAAACACUGAAAAAUAGAGCACGUGCAUAACUCCAUAGCUAUUUUAACUUCAAUAACUGGUGACUUUCAGGCCAUUUACAGUCAGUAUCACUCCUACACCUAUUAUUAGGCUCAUUUGGUAUGUUUACAUUUUUCUUGUUUUCAUGUGUGUAUAAACAUCAGCUAAGCAGAGUGGAGUACAUGAUGAGAGGAAAAGAAGCCGACACAGAGUCCAACCAGAGCUCCCAGUGCCUAGGUUCAGGAGGAGAGAGAGGAAAAAAGCUGGAACCAGAGGCACUCAGUAUCUGGCAGGAAUGAGAGCAGCAUCUCUAGGCUUAGAUGAAAACCCUGCAGAUGCAGCCAGGAGAGGAGCUAAGAAAGAAACGUCUCCAACCAAGGAUGUGGGCUGGAAGCUGCGGGAAGCUCUAAAGCAGCAGCUAGCCAUCAUCCAUGAACGCGUGGAGGCCAAGAAGCUCGCCAAGCUGGCCCUGGCUGAGGUCAGAGAGCUCCUAGCCAAAGAGGAGGAGGAAAAGGAGCUGGAACUGGGGAGGAAGGAAAUAACAGCCAGAGUGAAGGAAAGAGUGGCCACUAGGCUGAAAGAGGAGGAGGAGAAGAUGGAAAAAGAAGAGAUGGAGAAGGCUCUGGAGAAAUUAAGGAAGGAAAAAGCAAAACAACCGGAUGAGGGCAAGGAAGAUGGCAAAGAGAAGGAAGGGGAGAAGAAAUCAAAGAAAGGAGGGGAGAAAGAGGAGAAAUUUGAGAAAAAGGUAGAAGAGGGAAAGAAGGUGCAGGAAGAAGACAAGGGGAGAGGGAAAGAGUCAGCCAAAGAAAAAAGAAAAAAAUCUGACAGAAGCGGGAAGUGAAGUCAGUGAUUCUAAGGUUUAAGAGAAAUAUUUUCACCCCAUAGGAAGCCAGUUUUAGCAAUUUUCAAUAUUAGGACGGGAAAUCAGACGUCAUUAUGGCACUGACCAAAAUGUGUCAAACACCAUCAAGUGCUGAUAGCUGGGAUCAAAUUUCGGGUUAGAUUCAUAAUCUUGUUUCUCUGAUUUUACUUUAAUUCUUGACUUAAAUCUAAACUUUUCCAAUUUUCAACAGUUCUUAUAUGGCUGCGUGUGUUCCGACAGCAUUAAACAGAAUAGCUGAAGGCGUCUUUUGCCAAAUUAAGUUAAAUAGGAAUUUGUAGAAAAACACUUUUUAUAUUUCUCUGUUGAAAAAUAUAUUUUUGGUAUCUGCACCAAAACUCAGGUAUCUUAUUGGCACUAUGAUGUAAAGAUUUCCAGCCUAACGAUUUUGGACCUAUUUGGCCUUCGUAUAGGUGGACUGGUCACAAAGAUUGUCCUCAGUCAUAGUGCACAUGUCAGCUAAUUGAUCACCUACUGAAUAUCAUUUCACUAAAGUAAAACAAAUAAUAUGCAGUUGAUGCUUUUAACCAUCCAAUUUAAAAGGAGGCAUAACAAUGGAAGAAAUGCUCUGCUGAAAAGGUUAAAGGAAAACGACUUUUUCCAGCCAGACUGGCUUGUUCUGUUUGCUAAAUUUUCUUCUUGAGUGAGCUAGCUACUUAUUUAAAAGUAAAAUCCAGGUCCCACAGUGAGUGGACACCAGCUUAGUCACUGCAGCAAAAGUGCUGCGCUGGAAAUUUGCAAAUAACACUGGUAUAGGUGUUGCAGCCAGCCCUUUUCGGUCUUUGGAUGAGCAAAGACUGGUAUGACUGGGAAGGAUGGGAGUAAUGGAAAAGUGUUUAUCAAGAGUGAUGUACUUCAGUGUUCGUGAUGAUGUUUAGAAAUGACUAGAUUGAAAACAUUAUCCUAACUAACCAUCAAUUUCUCUAUGAAAUGUAGGUUUUACUAAAUUAAUCAUACAUGUGUUAUUUUCUGUUGUGAAUAAAGUCUCUAGAUCCA